ACUUGAGACUGCGACUGCUUAUUCCGUGCGAGGGGGAAAAGGAGGAGAAAAGGCGCGUUGGGGAAUGUGGGCGGGGCGCGUGGGCCUACCUUGGCUGCCGUGGAGGUGGCGGUGGCGGCUGCGGUGCCGACUGCAGCAGCGGCGGUGGCCGGAGGUUCGCAGUUGAGCCAGGGAGUCGCCGCGAGCGUUGCCUCGGGAGCUGAGGAGCUGCAGCUACCGCCGCUGCUUCAGCUGAGGAAAGACAGCCAAAGCUUCGGCUCGGCGUCGCGGCCGAGGAGGGAACAGGAGCCGCCGCGCCGGGGCAGCCGAGAGGGCCUCCCGCUGUAAAAACAAAAGGUUUUGAUGCUGAAUUGAAAGCAUUCACUGAUGAAGAUGGCUUCAAAGCCCGAUGCUGAGCUUUCUUUGUCCGAUUGCUUGUGCCAGAUAUGCACGGAUAUACUAAUAGAACCGGUCACCCUGCCCUGUAGUCACACGCUUUGUAAUUCGUGUUUCCAGUUGACUGUUGAAAAGGCUAAUCUGUGCUGUCCUUUCUGUCGUCGGAGGGUCUCUUCAUGGGCCAGGCAACAUGCCCGUCAAAAUACUCUUAUCAAUAUGGAACUGUGGAAUAAAAUUCAAAAAAAUUAUCCAGAAAAGUGCAAGCAAAGAACUACUGAAGACAGUUUGGAAGAUGAUGUUGAUGCAUAUAAGCCACAUCAUCUGCUAAGCCAACCUGGGGAAUUGAGGCGUGAAUAUGAGGAAGAGAUUAGCAAAGUGGAGGCUGAACGAAGGGCCUAUGAGGAAGAAGAAAGCAAAGCAAGUGAAGAAUACAUUCAGAAAUUACUAGCAGAGGAGGAAGAAGAGCAAAGGCGGGCAGAAGAGAGGCAACGAGAAAUGGAGGAACAGUUGAAAAGAGAUGAAGAACUGGCCAGAGAAAUCAGCAUCAAUCUUAACAAACUGAGUGAGAGAAGUAUCUUUAGCUCACCUUCAAGUGCUAAGCAGUCUUCACCAGUCACCAGCAAGUCACAAAAGAACAAGUUGAGCAUCGUUGGAAGUAUUCAAAAGUAUUUGUCACCAAAGUCCCAGUUUGCAUCACUACAAACAUUUCAACCUGAACUUGAAGCAGGAGAUAACAGGAAUUCUGUGUCUAAGGAUAUUAGCAGCAAUGUGAAGAGCCCUUUGUGGCAAGAAGAUGAUGAGGAUAUGCCAACUUUAUCUCCACAAGAAUUCCUGGAGAGUCAGAGCAGAGUUGCAAAGGGUUCAAUUACAGAUUCACCUAUGCCUCAUUUAAAUGCCUUUAGUGUGGAAGAAGAAUGUCUUGAGAAAGAAACUAAAUCGCAGAUGAGUAAUCCAAAUGAAAUUACACAUGGACAUUUUUAUACAAAUCAUGAAGUGCAAACCAGAUUUCUCUGUUCCGCUGAGGCUGUAGCCAAGUCUCCUGGGAAGCCAGAGAAUGGCUACACUAUAUUUAAUUCAACAGAAAUAACCAGAAACAGCAUUGUUGAUACAGAAAAUGAAGGUAGGAAUCUACUGAUUGAUAAAGAAAUUCCCAAAAGAAAAGAUCAGGAAUUUCCUUCUGGAACAGUCAGUGAUUCAAGUAGCUCUGCAAAGAGAAGGAAACUCUGUACAGAAACUUCUUCAGAACAAGAAGAGACAGACAAUAACAUUGCACAGAAACUUAUAGACUUGGAACACUUGCUCUUUGAGAGGCAGAAGCAAGAAGAACAAGAUAGGUUAUUGGCUUUACAGCUUCAAAGAGAGGUGAAUAAAGAGCAGAUGACACUGAAUCGGCAGAAGGGGUCCCCAGAUGCUUAUCCCUUGCGCACUAAAGUCUCUUUGCAUCCAGAUGAAUCUCCAAAUGGAUGGAGAAGGUAUUCCAAGGAAAAGCACUGCAAAAAACAACCCGAAACAGAGCUUUCAAAACCUCGAAGAAAUUCAAAAGAUGAAAACUGGCAGCCUUCUCCUGUAAUCCAAAAGAAAAUUCCAGCUAAUAAGAGAGGAAAGACAGCCAACUCAUCCAAAAAUGCACGUUCUCUACAGCCUAGUAAUACUCAGAAAAGUAUUUUUCAAAUGUUUCAGAAAGCUGCAAAAUGAUGAAUGGGGAGGGGUGAAGAAUAAAGGAGUAAGAAACAAUUUUAAUGCUUGUAUAUUCAAUAAUGCUCCUAUUGGCAAAUGCUUUUUGGUGCAUUUUGUUUCGCACAUGUACCUAUUACCUUUAGUUUCUCUGUUGGAAAUCUGAUUACAGGAAAAGUUUAAGAGAAGGUGCUGGUGUAAAACUUUCUCUUCAGACAAACUUCCAGCAGUCAACAAAAAAAAUUGGUUUUCUGUGUUGGCAAUAACCAAAGUACAUUGAAAUGGAGGAUACCACUGGCUGGAAGAUGCUUUUGACCAUCUCUGAAAUCUUCAAAUAUCAUAAAUGCUGGAACUUAAAAAAAGAAUCUGCCCAUUAUGGUCAGUGCUCACUUGUUUAUUCAAUUUCAUCUCAACAAAAAUAAAGCAAAAACUUUUCUGCUCUCAGGCAUUUAAAGAAUGAAGAUAGUCUUCGAUAUUGAAAGGAGGAUGAAGGUAUUGCCACCUUCCCUAUCUCCUUGCUAUGUCCCUAAAUAUAUUUAAAGAAGUACUUAAAAGGUUAUGGUUUCUUAUCACUAAAUAAUAUAAAUUACAACCCAUACUCCUAAUUAGGUUUUAAAUACUAUAAUAAAAUUUUAUUUUCUAGAAUAGAUCAGAAUCAGUGUUAAUGCAGGGAAAGAAUAUCUAAUUUUUGGAAAACUGAAGAGGGUUCCUGACAAGGAAAUUGGAACUUUAAAGCAAAGAGUCCAGGAGUGGAAGUGUAGUUAGAUAGAUUAAGCUUGAGGGAGGGAAAUGUGAGGCUGAGCAGAAGGAACCUGGACAGUUUGGCUGUGGACAGGUCGGCAAGAUAUCCUUUGCUUUGUAUUGGUCAUUGGGUUUCUGACAGUUUUGAAAUUAAUCUACCAAAUGACAUUUUUGUACACUUUUAUUUUUAUCAGGUCAUCAGUUUGAUUUUGGAAGCUCCCAUUUCUGUUUAAAUUGCUGUUCUGAAAAAAAAAAUUAAGGUGGGUUGGUGUUUUUGUUUGUUUUUUACCAAUUAGGCAACAACGUGCUAACAUCUGUUUUGUUAAAGUCCAGGGACAUUAGUGCUAGAGUAGCUUUGACCAAGAAACACCAGGUAGUCCAUUUCCUACUUACUAUAGAGCUCAUUGAAUGUAAUGGAUUUUUACAUUAAAGACUAAAAAGUUGACUAAAAAGUUUCUACCUGUUAAGACAAAGCUGAUUUUGUUGUUGUUGGGGGGACUUGACAGAUUUCAUAAUUGAAAUUUUUGUCCAGCUGGCAUUUUUACUUAAUGGAAUGUAUGUUGAUUGGAAAACUAGGUGAGACUUUUUUUUUUUUAAUCAGCCAAAUUAAAGCCUAUUAAGCCUGAUACAAAUUCAUUUAUUUGCCUUGAGGUAGUUAAAAUGGUUUAGUCAACAGCAUUAAAUAAGGAUCAAAUCAGUCUACACUGGAUUACUACUGCUUUUGCAUAUUCCAAACAGAUGUUAAGUAGUUUAUAUUUUGAUUACAUAAUGUUGAAAUUUAUUUUGUAAAUUUAUUAUUAAAACUUGAAAAUUUUGCCUAUGAAAACAAUAUUAUAAAUUGUGAUUACGUUCUCAGUCUAUCCCACAAAAAUAUAUUUAUUUUUAACUCCUAAUAUAAUGGGACAUGUGAUACAGGAGAGAGGUGGAAUAGCAAGAAAGUUUUGAUCUCCUUUUCUUAGCACAGGACUUACCUAGGAAAAAUCUUGAAAUAUUGUUUCUUUGAUACUCUUUCCCCUUAUUUCUAUACUCUUCUAUUAAUUCCUAGUAAGCUUCUUCCAUCGCCCUAAGUUUAUGCAACAGGAUGCCAACAAAGCCUAGCUCUCUUCUCCAAAAUGAUUACAAUCCCUUUCUCUCCAGUAGAAACACCUUGUUAGCUGAAUGAAGGUGAUAUGUUAACUAGAUGUCAUAAGAAAAAGUCUUACUUAUUGUGCAUAGAGUUUGCAGGUCACUUUGAGUCAACAUUCCUAAAAGUAUUUAUAUUACGAGGAGGCUUCUUUGCCCAGUGUCUAAUUUAGUAUGGAAGAGUCAGAGAAAGCAAUUUGACUAGGAACAGUGGCAUCACCAUUUAAGUAGGCCAGCCCUGCCUUUGAUUCUGCCCCCAAAAUCAAUUUCUCUAAAAUACUCCUGCUUUCCAAAGGAUCUCCCUUCAGUUUCUUAAUCCAGACUUUCCAGAAAGUGUUGAGUUUUUUCGCAGUGCCAGGAAGGCAUCUGGGUGGGGAGUACAGAGCAGUGUAUGUGUUUUAAGUCAGGAACUAAAUGUGUAAUUAUGUGCUUUUUGGUAAUGUUAUGUGAAAUUUAAGAAAUAACCAAAUUUGUGUCUCUUAAGUUCCCUACCCCACUGCCAAAUGUAGAGUCUAUUUGGAAUGAAUACAGCAUUAAAG